AUGUGGGAGGUUAAGUUGGAGCUUGAUGUUAUUAUCAGCUACAACGCUGGGAUCAGCGCGUGCGAGAAGGGCGAGCAGUGGCAGCGGGCUUUGGCGCUGCUCAGCGAGAUGCGGGAGGCGAAGUUGCAGGCCGAUGUCAUCAGCUACAGCACUGUGACCACCUCGUUAGAGAAGAGCGGGCAGUGGCAGCGCGCGCUGGCGCUGCUAAGGGAGACGUUCGAGGUGAAGCUGGAGGCGAACAUCAGCUACAACGCUGGGAUCAGCGCGUGCGAGAAGGGCGAGCAGUGGCAGCGGGCUCUGGCGCUGCUCAGCGAGAUGCCGGAGGCGAAGCUAAAGCCGAACGUCCUCAGCUACAGGUAUGGAAUCAGCGCGUGCGAGAAGUGCGGGCAGUGGCAGCCCGCUUUGGCGCUGCUCAGCGAGAUGCCAGAGGCGACGUUGGAGCCCAACUCAGCUGCAGCGCUGGGACCAGCGCGUGCGAUAAGGGCAAGCAGUGGCAGCGAGCCCGAUCGCUGCUCAGCGAGAUGUGCCAGGCGAAGGUGGAGCCCGACGUCACCACCCAGUUACAGCAUUGAAAUCACCGCGUGCUAG